ACAGCUCGGAACGGCUCCGCGGUGGGCACGGCACCAUGGAGAUCUGGAGCAGCCCCGCCGCUUACGACGAGCUGAACGGGAACGCGGAGCGCGGCGGCGGCGCGGACCCCAUCGCCCGAGAGCUGGAGGAAGUGCUGUGCACCGAGCGGGCCGUGCGGAUCACCAAGACGUACCACGACAUCGAUGCUGUCACCAACCUACUGGAUGAGAAAGAGAGGGACCUGGAGCUGGCGGCGCGCAUCGGGCAGUCCCUGCUGAAGCAGAACCGCAGCCUGACAGAGCGCAAUGAGCUGCUGGAGGAGCAGCUGGAGCUGGCCAAGGAGGAGAUCGCACAGCUGCGCCACGAGGUCUCCAUGCGGGACGAUCUGCUCCACUUCUACACCACCACCACUGAGGAGAGUGAGCCCACCUCUGCCCCCAUCAUGCCGCUGCGCCGGAACGAGUCCUCGCUGUCCCUGCAGGAGUACUUCCAGUACGAUGCUCUGCAGCAGAAGCUCCGGUGCCUGGAGGAGGAGAACCAGAAGCUUCGCCUGGAGGCCACCACCAUUGUGACCGAGACCAGCCGGUACGAGGACCAGGAGCAGCAGCUGAUGAUCGACUGUGUGGAACAGUUCUCUGCAGCCAGCCAGCAGGUCGCCUGCCUGUCGGACGAGCUGGCCCGUAAGGCCGAGGACACAGCGCGGCAGCAGGAGGAGAUCAGCCAGCUCCUGGCACAGGUGGUGGAGCUGCAGCAGAAGUGCAGAACGUACGGCGCGGAGGUGGAGGAGCUCCAGCAGCAUCUGGCCGCGGCCAAGGAGGUGCAGCAGCAGCUCCGGACGGAGCUGCGGGACCUGCAGGACAAGUACACGGAGUGUGGUGGGAUGCUGCAGGAGGCCCAGGAGGAGGUGAAGAGCCUGCGCAGCCGCAGCCUGCCCAACAGCACCGUCAGCCGCUACGGCGCAAGCAGCAGCCUCCUGCCCCUGGAAUCACUGGCGGCUGAGAUCAAGGGGACGAUGAGGAAAGGGACGGACUCCUCCUCAGACUACAGGAGCUGUCUGCGCGUUUUUGAGACGGUGAAGGCAGUGAACCACGCGGCCAAGGCCCGGUCGAGCUCCGCGUCCCCCCAGCACACACCUGGCUCCAAGCAGACGUCGGCUGCUCCCUCUGAGGGGGGCAACACCCCUCAUCCCGGCCCAGAGGGUGCCCAGACCGUGGGCCCUCGGGCAGCCCCCGGCCGCCAGGACCUGGAGGCGGCGGUGCAGCGGCUGUCGGUGCAGCAGCAGUGCCACUCCUCGGAGGAGCGCUCCUUCUUUGAGGCGGAGCCGUGGCGGCUGCAGGAUGAGGACGGCUCCAGCGGGAUCCUGACGCCCAACGGCAGCGUCGUGUCCGCCAGCACCGCCUGCUCGGGGGGCUCUGAGCACACUGCUGCCUCUGGCUUCUCGCUGGGCUCGCUCAGCUUCCUGCCCGACAAGCUGCAGAUCGUAAAGCCGCUGGAAGGCUCAGUGACGCUCCACCACUGGCAGCAGCUGGCGCAGCCCAACCUGGGGGGGAUCCUGGUGCCGCGUCCCGGGGUGCUCACUAAGGACUUCAGGCCCCUGGACAUCGACCUGGAGGAGGUGUACAGCCUCACCGACCUGGAGGAGGACGAGGUGGAGGCCGCCUCCUUCCAGCUGCUGCCCACCUCCACGCCCAUCAAAGCCAUGGAGCGCCCCGGGGUGUUCCUCUCUGCUAACAACCUCCCCCAGACCCCGUCCACCUUCACCAUCACCACCUGCCACAUCCUCCACCCCACCACUGAGCUCACCACGGUGAUGCCCAGCCUGCAUCACACCGUCGUGCCUUCUUGUGGGCCCUUUGAGGGGCUGAACCGCAGCCCCCCCUCUUCGCAGCCGUCCUGCCCAGCGCUGGCACACAGCCCCGCCCCCCCCGGGCCCCCUCUGGGCCUCGUCCGCCUCCUGCUGCUGCGCGGCAUCAACGCCGUGGUGUCCCCGGCCCCGUCCAGGAGGGUCCCCCCGCUCCUCCCCCAAACCUGCCCCGCGGUGGGGGGGGAGCAGGGACCCUCACCGCGGAGCAGCAUCUUCAGCGGGAACCUCGUGCAGAAGCUGCUGCGCCUGGGGCUGCACCGCGUGGUGGCCCGGGGGGAGCGGUCCUACGAGCACGGGGAGCGCCGGGAGCAGCGCGAUGCGCCCACGUGAGGGCACGGCACCGGCACGCGGGGCGGAACGAGCCCCCCGAGCUCUUCGUCUCCAGCCGCGGGCAAACAGCUCCUGCUGCACGGGGCGCAUCGCCCGCCCGGGGUCACCGCAGAGCCCGGCACCCGUGCACGGGGCUUUGUCUCAGCGGCGGGAGCCCCCCCAGGGGCGGGGCACGCGGGGCUGUGCGGCGAGCGGCCCCUGCCCUGAGCCCGCUGCUGGCGGCAGAGCCGAUACCGGCUGCUGCGAUGGGGAGGAGCGGCGGCCCCGCGGGCGCUGCACGGGGCGGGCUGAGCCCCCACGACCGAGACCGGGACCCGAGGGUGACUCCUAAAGCAAACGGAGGUUUUAAAGCGGCGUUUUCUAAACUCUUUUCUGCCCAACAAGUAGAUGUAGCAGCGCUGCGCGGGGCUGCCUGCAGCUGUGCCCCGUCCCUGCGGAAUAAACGCGAACACGUGAAGCAGCGC